CCGAGAGAUGACAGGACGACGUCGAGUCCCGGCGGUGCGCCUAGCAAUCACACCCCGGCGCUGUCACCGUCGCCGGUGGGCGAUGCGCCCUUCGGCAAGUCGCUCAUGGAAGCGGCCCUGCAACAGCAGGCCGCGACCGGCGCCCAACCGCCCUUAGUCGUCACGCCGUCCGGAUACUGGGUCGAUGGUACCGAUCAUCGACAUACCCUCGACUCGGCUGGCAGGGCGUUGCUGCCGGCGCAGCCGGCCUGGCAGCCCAGGAUAGACCAGGAUGAUACGGCCAAGUGCUAUCGUCGCUUCUUCGUCGGCAGGGAACACGUGAACUUCGUGGGAAGGGACGGUGAGAACGGCCCGGUCCUGGUCUCGGUGAAGGCCGAGACGGUCGCCGGACAGGAACAUUGGCGGGUGUUGCUGCGAUUGCGAGCUGGAUCGACGCACGACCUGGUCCCCGCCUCGAAUCUCAGCCCAAAUCCUACGCCGACGAAAAUGGUCAAGGCGAUCAACGAGUCCUUGAACGUGAGCCCCUUGAUGCCGGUCAUGUGCCCCGGCGCCGGUAUCCUGAUCGCUCGAUACGACGAGCACGCCCUGGUCUCCAGGUUCAAGUUCGGCGUUCUACAUCAACGAGCUGGCCAAGUCACCGAAGAGCAACUCUUUGGCAAUCGGCAACUCACACCGGCCUUCCAAGAAUUUCUCGAUUUGCUCGGCCAGAAGAUCGACCUCAAGGAUCACAAGGGCUAUCGCGGUGGAUUGGACACUCGACAUGGACAGACCGGCGAUUCGGCCGUAUACGAAGUAUUCCGGGGUCGAGAAAUGCUGUUUCAUGUGGCCUCGUUGCUGCCGUACAGUCCAGGCGACUCGCAACAAUUGCAACGUAAACGGCAUAUCGGCAACGACAUUGUCGCCAUCAUAUUCCAGGAGGAACCGACGCCCUUUAGUCCGGACAUGAUUGCCAGCCACUUCUUGCACGCCUUUAUCGUCGUACAAGUCAUCGACCCCUGCACUCCUAAUACGAGGUACAAAGUCAGUGUGACAGCACGCGACGACGUCCCCUGGUUCGGUCCAACCUUGCCGACACCUGCGGUCUUUCUCAGAGGUGUCGAGUUCAAGGAGUUCCUGCUCACGAAGCUCGUAAAUGCCGAGAACGCCGCGUACAAAGCUGAGAAAUUCUCCAAGUUGGAACUACGGACUAGAUCGGCCUUGUUGGAAUCCUUAACGGAGGAAUUGCAGACUAAAACGAGUGAAUUUCUUGGCGGUCCGGUCGGUCUAGGAAACUCCGGUUUGACCAUCUGUCCGGUGAGUCCAACGACGAGUGAUGUAUCUGCUUCGGGGAGCAGUGGUUCGCGAUUCAUUGAUACCGUACGCAAAGCGCUGAUUUCGCGCGUGAGGAACGCAUCGACGGAGAGUGUACCGCAGCAACUGGCAAAGAAGGGUCAACAGACGGAACCCAGUCCACCAAGCAAUCGGCAGUCGACCGCCAUAAAGGUGAGUGGUAGCAGCAAGCGCUCGGUGGAACCAUCCAGUCCUCUCGGUUCACCGGAUCUAACACUGAGGAGGGACUCGGAACGCGGCAGUUUCGGUAGCCAGGACAGCAGUUUGUCCAAUACUGACAAUCAGGAUAGCAGUCUAGCUACGUUGCAGCAAGACGAAUAUGAUCGCAGGGAAUCGCAGCAGAGUACGAGUGUUGUUUGCCUCGAUAGUGACGCCACUAUCGUCGACAAGAGCCCGGCACCGACAUCGGCAACAACGGUGCAGCGAUUAACGCACGAGAAUCUGCGCACACAGGAGAAAACGGCGACGACGGAGGUGACGCAACGAGUGAUCUCGGAGAGCGACGACAGUUCGCUCAACAGCGAACUCGAACUCGAUCAGGCCGUAUAUCCCGACAGCGACACAGGCCUCGAAUCCAUGAGUUCCGCAGAGACUCACGAUACCGCCAGAUGUACGAGCAAGGACGGAGUCGUGGAGAACGAUACUCUAAGGAUGGAAGUCACCAGGCUCAAGUGCGACAAGCUGGAUUUACUGCGACAAAAUGUGACAUGCCAACGUGAACUGAAACGUCGUCGAGAAAAGGAACUGCAAUUGGAAUCCGAUUUAGCAGCAGCGUCCAAAGAGAUUCUACGGUUGCGAACGAUGUUGAAGGAGUGUUCUACCAGCAUUCCGCUGGAGAACAAUAACCAGCAAACCUCCACUGUGUAGAGAGCUCGCGAGUGCGAAUGCGUAUUAGGUUGCGAGAUGGAAAGGUUUUUGCUAUCAAAUACUGCGUAUGUUGUAGAUUCGGGAAAUUAUCUUCGAUGCGCGAAAUAAAUUUCGUCUUUAUUAGAAAUCUAUCGCAACACCCAGCUUCGCAUGCAUGUUACUUGUUUUAUUACUUUCGCGCACAGCCCGAUAUCGAGAUUACUCAAACGACAUGCGAAACGCCAAUAAUUUGAAGGAUAUUAAUUAAAAGAUAUCUUUCCGACGCUUGACAAGUCUCGAUACUUAAACACCAUGUACCUUCCAUUCAUCAGGAAUUGUUCAUCACUUCCAAAGGUCUACCGUUAGUGCUUUAUAAAAGCAUGUAGAGUUUGCAACUAAAUAUUUUAGCGUAAAGAUUAAUCGUUUAAAUUAAGCUUUCUUUCUCGUAGAUAGAAAUCGGUACAAGUUCUAUAAGUCAUAUACGAAGUAAUAGGAUUAGUAAAAAUCUUGCAAAAGUUAUGUAUAGUGACCGAAGCGUCUUCGGUACACUUACAGUAUAAAUUCAAGAUUGUUGGAGCUAUUGUUUGACAUAUAAGACACAUAUAUGUGUAAAAAAUAUUUAUCUAUUAAUUUAUUAGUAGACUUAAGUUGACCACUCGUAGUCAAUAUACAUACAUGGAUAUGUGUGAAAAGAAACAGUAGAAAUAACUGAAAUAUUAAUUGUUUUAAAAAUGCAGAGAUUCAAUAUUCUCGAUAUUUAGAAAAGACAAAAAUUACCGGAGGUCAUUGAGAGAGGCGUUUAUUUCUGUAUAUCGAUUACGUGUUAGAAAACUAACGAUAUAUAACUCCCGCUUAUUCUUCCGUAGAGUGCGCAGAUAUCAAAAACUAUUGCGAAACAUUUCUUUCAAACUUGGAUAAUGCGAGCUUACAUGAUCGGGAGAUCUUUCAUCAUCGGGAUUAUAGAAAGGAAAAUAUGUAUCGCUAGUUUGUUAACAGUAUUUGUCAUGGUAGACUUACUCGAAACAUUUGUCCGUUUACUAAUUUCCUAAUAUUAGAUAUCAGAGAAUAGUUUUAUAGAGAGUACUUCUACGAGGUUUAAUCUUCCUUAAAAUGCUAUCCCCGCAUGCUAGUUUUAGCAACAACUGGGGUUUCUAACCAUUUUUAAACAAUUGCGCACAGCACCAAAUCAUUUAAGUAUAUGCAUCACACAUUUUCACAAAGUAUAGACAUUUUUGUUUUUUUUUCGCACACGCAAGCAAAAGAUGUGUUCUCAUUCACCGCUUAAGUUAAGUAUUUUGUAUUUGCUCUUGGUUGACAAACGUCGAAUUUUUCUGUUAUUUCUUACAACUAGUAUUAAUACGAUUCUUACCAUUAUUAUUAUUAGUACUUUUAUUAACUUUGAUUACGCUGUACUUUGUAUGAUCUUUGUAAAUAAUCGUCGAUAUAGGCAAACACUCAAAGGCGCUAAGCAGACCGGCACAAAGAGGAGGAACAACGACGUUCACUCACAUAUAAUACCAAAGUUUAAUGUAGUAAAAAAUUCACAAUUUUCUUUUUAUUUUCUUCCUCAUUCUCCUUAUUUCCCCAUUUUCCAUAAUUAUUGCCGAAAAUUAAAUACAAGUUUAUUUGUCUAAUGUGCUUUCGAUUUAAAAAAAUAGAAAUAUCGUUUUUACUUAGAUACUUUGACGAAAUACCACAUUUAUAUAUCACUGCCUAUACGCCUCGACAUUUCUCUUUCGAGAAUACACACAUCUAUUUUACUGCUUACAAAACGUGAUUGUACCAAUGACACUUCAAAACUGAAAAACACGACUUCUGAUAUACUGCCGCUGUAGUAUCGAUAAUUCAUAACAAAA